UAACAUUUUAUCUUAUCUUCCCGUAUAUAACACCUAUUUGGGAUCAGUUCAAUUAAUUGAGUUUAGUAAGCUUUAUUUCAAAAUGGCUUCAGGUACAAAUUUUGGUGUGUUAUUUUUAAUUGGUUUCUUAAUAAAAUCAGGAAUAGCGCAGACAAGUUACAAUGCUGCUGUGAUCGAAUAUGCGAAAUCGUCUGAUUCAAGUGUUAGUGAUUUGGACAAUAUGAUGUUGAGACUCAGGGAUUACGAAUCUUUAAUAAGUAAUUUAAAGAGUUCUAAUAUUAUCGUUUUUCCUGAAUAUGGGCUAACUACACCCUAUUUGCCCGAAAAUUUGGAACCUUUGAGUACUUUUGUUCCGGAUCCGGCUGAAAAUAUUUCACCUUGUGCGACAAAAGAUUCUUACGAAAAGGUUCUGAUAGAUUUGUCAUGUACUGCACAAACGCAUGGUGUUUUCGUUGUGGUUAAUUUAAUCGAAAAAUCUAUUUCAUCUUCUAACACAACAAUAUUUUACAACACGAACGUAGUUUUUAAUGGAAGUGGAACUGUAGUUGCUAGAUAUCGUAAAAUCAACUUGUGCAAGGAACCAAAAUUUACGAAAGGAGAAAAUGUUGCAACCUUUACAGCAUUUGGUGUUAAUUUCGGUUUAAUGACUAGCUGCGAUUUAUUAUAUGAGCAUCCAGCUCGUACAAUGUUAACGAAUACAAACGUUACGGAUAUUAUUUAUCCUCACGCGUGGGUUGCAGAAACUCCGUUCUUACACAGCCUUUCGAUUCAAGAUGGUUUUGCAAAGGCGAAUGGCAUCAAUCUUUUAUCUGCUACGUAUAGAAAUUCCUCCGAUGGAAUGGGCGGUUUUGGAAUAUUCUCUGCCAAAUCUGCUACCACCUCUUUGGAUAUAUCAACAGGAAUUAGUUACAAAUCUAGUACGGGAAAUUUAGAAAAACUUACAAAUAAAAUGCCAGAAGCUGUUUGUAACAAUAAUAUAGAGAUAACACCAAGAAUCGGCGGAGUGCCACCUUCUAUUGACAAAUUCAAUAAUACCAUAGAAAAUUUGAAGUUAUACACCACUAAAGAUUUGGUUGUAACCGACAAUAUAGCCAAAGUACAAAUUUGUAGUGAGGGUAGUUUAUUUUGUUGCGACUUCUACGUAGAAUUCCAAGAUGGUUACGCUUCAAGCAACUCCCCGGUGUACAAAGUUGCAGCUUUUUACGGUACAAAACAGGUUAAUAUAACCGAGAAAAAUUUAGGAUUUAGAACUUGCGCCCUUUUGGUUUGCGCUAAUAACGAUUUGCAAAGUUGCGGUGAAACACCCCCGGAUUCAAGUCCCAUCAAGCAAAUCUCAUUACAAGCAAAUCUGCCAAAAGGAGAUAGAACGUUGUAUAUGCCCUCCACUCUUAAAAAAGAUCUUCAUCCUCUUACUGGAUAUGCGUUUUGUCAAAACGUCGAAGGUGAUGUUAUCGGUACUACCAUGUCUGCUAAUAAUGUUGAAAAAUUAUGGACAUUUGGUAUCGUUGGACGCGUUUACGAUUUAGACGAUCGUCCGGAAGGUAGAGGAACUGCAAGUUACUUUAGAAGCGGAUUCGGAUUAAUUCUUAUGUUAAUUGCGACGCAGUUCUUUUUUCAAUAAAAAGUUAUAAUAGUUAA